AGCUGAGCAGCACUUCGGACAGGACUGUCUCCUCCACCUCCACUCUCCUCCUCCUCCUCCUCCACUAACCUUCCUCUUUUAAACCACUUUGUGCGUGUGCGCUGGUCACAGUGAUAGUGGCAUCGCUGGGAGGCUGCAGAGACACUUUCAUCUGACUCCACAGUGCGGAGGUUUCCCGGACGGACCAGUGACGCUGCGUAAUUAUAAGUAAACCAAAGCAACUAUAAAUAAAAGAAGAAAGAAAAAAAUAACCGGUGCCUCUGGGAUUAAGAUGAACAUUUCUCCAGAAGGGCUUUCCUCUAUAUAGCAACGCAUUUUUCUGAUCCAGAUUUGUUUCAUGUGUCUCCCGCACACGAAGAAGGAUGACUGCUACCUUUCCUCUGGUGGUUCUGUGCGCGCUGGCAACGUUAGUGCUGGGGUCCAAGACUGAACGGGCUUUGAAUGUUGAUUGUGACACGGGCAAGUUCACCGACAGUGGGGAUUGCUGUUUGGAGUGUCCACCUGGAGAGGGAGUGGUGAAGGAAUGUGGCGCCACUCAGACCAUCUGCACUCAGUGUUUGGACAGUGAAACCUACUCAGAGAACUACAGCCUCACAGAGAAGUGCAAACCAUGCACCCAGUGUACCGGACUGAUGCGGAUGCAUACGCCCUGCACUGACUCCAAUAAUGCCGAAUGUGUCUGCGCUUACAACUUCUACUUCAGCAGUGUCUCUGGAAAUUGUGAGCCAUGCACUGUGUGCCCACUGGGACAGGGUGUUUUCUCUCAGUGUUCUGCUUACCAUGACACAGUGUGUGAGGAAUGUGUGGAUGAGACCUAUUCUGACCGGGAAAGCCACCUGGAACCUUGUCUACCCUGUACCAUCUGUGAGGAAGAUAUCGAGACUCUGGUGUCUGAGUGCACGCCGUUCAGUGACUCUGUCUGUCACAAUCCAAACCUUCCUGUAUACACCCCUACCUCGGACGAUCCGCUUGCAUCGUCCUACCCUGACUACCCGUUCCUAGAUGCCUCCACCAGCCCAUUGCCGAGUGAAGAAACAACCACGUCUAGCGGCCGUGGUCCUCACUUUCUUGGCCGCAACCUUAAUGAAAACCUCAUCCCUAUUUACUGUUCAAUCCUGGCUGCUGUGGUGGCCGCUGGUGGCUUGGUGGCCUACAUUGUGUUUAAGAGGUGGAAUAGCUGCAAGCAAAACAAGCAAGCAGCUAAUAACCGUGCCGCUACAAACACCCAGAUGGUAACACCGGAGGGAGAGAAGCUGCACAGCGACAGCGGCAUCUCAGUGGACACUCAGAGUCUGCAGGAGCAGCAACACACACAGGCUGAAACCCAGCCUCAGCCGUCACGCUCACAUACACAGGAACAAAUAGUGGUGAGGGUGGAUGGAAGCCCCCAGCCUGACUCACCUACGCCUGAAGUCUGAGGAUGAGAAGGAAGAAAGGCUUAGACACAGAAGGAAGGGGGUGCCACAGAGAGAAUGUAAAAACAUAUGUUGAUUCAUAAUUCAAGUGGCUACAGGAUAAUGUACACAGACCUUCCGAUAUGCUUGGGACUACCUUCUGAGACUCUUCAUCCCUGCAUGUUGAGUCAAACUCUGUCUAAAAGCGUGCCUGGAAAAAAUAUCUCUGGCAAUAUCAACCGACCUAGUAAAAUGACAUGCAUCGUAGUUAAUAGGAGUUGCCAGUUCAACACACACUUACCUUUUACCUUCUCAAUUUUACUUUAUUUCCAUUAUCCGCUACCAUGUAAUUUUUCAUGCUUUUGUUUGUUGUUCUAACUUCUUGUUUUAUUCUGUAACACCCAAACCUCUCAGAUAUCCCCUUCUUUCUCCAAAGGAAUCACUCUAUUGGUAUCAGUGAUACAAAAAGCAGCAGGGGUGCCAUGACUCAUUUCUGCUUUUCCUGAAAUCUUUUCCUCUUGUAUCACUUAACAACCAGUUUUAAUGAAAUGUUUGUCAUUGUUUGAGAAUGGCUAUCAGGACUCAUCCAAGUGACUCAUGUUUUGAUGAGGCUUCACUUACUUAGCCUGCUCAGUAAUUAACUUUUGUGAAUAAUUAGACAGCUCUUCCUAUGUAUCAAAGAUAUAAACUCCCUCUCUUGCAGUGCCUCCAGGGAUUGUAUUUCAGCAACUUCAUGUUCAUCAUGUCUGUCUCAUGUUUGUGUUAAUGUUCCUUUUUUUGGCUUUAGUUACACGUCUGAAUAAGCAGGCUGCCUUUACUUUGCUCUACAGAGUUGGGAUGUGCAACAUGAGAGUAACAUCUCUGGACUGUGGAGCACUGCUGAUUCAUCCAGAGUUGUCUGACGGGGAAUUAAAGGGAGG